GUCUGAUAAACAAAGCACGUUUCAUAGUACCUUGAUAAAGCCUUACCUAGCGUUUGUAGUUUCGACAUAGUCGCCAUGGCAGUAGCCAAACCCUUACAGACCAGCUUCUUACACAUAUAAAAGCAUAUAAAAAGCAUCCCAGCCACAGGUGCCCUAUUAUAGUGUACGUUUUGGGAUGGGCUUGCUUGCGGGCGCCUGGAGAGGACAAUCGUGAGGUGCCCGUUGACGAGAUGCCACGGCCAGACAGGGCCGCGGACGCUGCGGCCGUCUUUCAGGAAGCGAAGAAGUUGAUCGAGGAAGGGCGUCGUUCAAGGCAGCGCUCGCCCCUCCGGUUGGCACCGGAAGACCGGAGCAGCAGCCUUCUAGAAAACUUCAGUCCCCAGAAGGCAUCCUUCUUCACUUCAACCAACCCGCUGACGGCGCCCCACUUCCUCAGCAGCGCCUGGCCAACCACCACAACCUCCAUAGCCUCUCUCGCGCCCAGCUGGCAGCUACCAGACGCGCCGGCAGUCGACGACCUGGGUCGGGAAUGGCCUGCCCCGCACCCUCACCUCGCCGCCUCGCCCCUGAAGACGCCCCCUCCUGCCCCGCCACCCCAAGACGAAGACAGCGGUGACAACGAUGCCGCGGACGCUGACGACGACCAGCCCAGCCGCUGGCAGGUGCUGGUGCGCCGAGCCAACACCAACGCAGCCAACAGCCCAGGCCUGACCGCCCUGUGCCCCUCCAGGCACUCCCCUCUCAGCCCGAGCCCGACCCGGGACAGACUGCUGCCUCCAGCUCCCAGGAGUGAUGCAGCCGCCGGCCCCGGUGGGCUGGCGCCGCUAGGGUCGCUGUACGACGGAAUGGGCGCAGGGAAGUCAGGGCUUUAUGGUGAAGCUUGGUCGCAGGGGCCCUAUGCAAGGGAUCAGUACGACAAGACCGUGCGUAUGUCGCCUCAGGCCGCCGGCCCGCAAGCCGUAGCAGGCUCGGUCUGGACGGGACAGCAGCAGCAACAACCGCUACCGCAGCGGCCGCUGUCACACCUGUUUCCCUCCUCGUUGCCGGCGCCCUCGCUGCUGAUGCAGGCUGGCGGUCGGGGUGGCGAGGGGGUCCUGCUGGUGGGCCGGGUAGGGGCAGGGGUAGCGGCGGGGAAGGGCGGCUCCUCUUCCUCUUCCUCCUACGAGCGGGCCGUGGCGGCGCUGCAGCAGGCUGAACAACAGCUCCAGGAGCACAAGCAGGGCGGUCCGGGUGGCGCGGUGGGUGGUCGCGGUGGCGGAAGGGCU